AUGAUUGGCGCAAUCAAGCAAGAGGCCGCCAGCCACGACGACUUCAAAGCCAUUGUUUUUGCGCCCACGGCUGCCCAGGCCGGACUCUACGGGCACAUUUUGUCCAUGAUUCCCGGACUGCCACCAGUCUCUACCCUCCACAGCCGGAUGACGCAAAACAGGCGAACCAAGAUCACAAACGACUACCGUGACGCACCGUCGGCUAUCUUGGCGGCCACGGAUGUCAUUGCCAGAGGCAUGGACUUUCCCGGCGUCACGACCGUGUUCCAAAUCGGCAUUCCCUCCGAAAAGGAAAGUUAUAUCCAUCGUCUGGGGCGCACGGCACGAGCAAAUGCUGAAGGACGUGGCAUUUUGGUCAUUUGCGAGGCAGAAUCAUUCUUUCCUCGGUGGACGCUGAAGAAUACCACCUUUAUACCCCACGAGGCAGAUACAUCGUCUGCUGAGCAAGUCGAGCGGAUCAUGGACACGAUUGACGAGGAUGAAAAGGCGCAGAUAUACAAGGCAUGGUUGGGAUAUUACAAUAAUCACAUGAAGGGCUUGAAGUGGGACAAGGCAGAGCUUGUGAGGCAAGCCAACGUGUUUGCGAGCGACGGGCUGGGCACGCCGGAGACGCCGCCCAUUCCGAAGAGUACCGUGGCCAAGAUGGGACUGAAGGGUACCAGAGGACUGAAUGUUGUGCCUGAUAAGCCCAGGAAUAAGGCUACUAAUAAGGGGGGCCGAUAA